UCUACUGCAACACCCAUCGCACUUUCCCUUCACAUCUACCAUCUAACUCGUGCAUUGAUAAGGCCUGGCGCCAUCAACAGUACAUCUCAAGCAUUCUAUCAUUGAAUAUGGACCACUACGCGACUCAAAUGGGCCAAAUUUCGAUCCUAGGCCUGUCCCAAGAUGAGCCUCGACUUCAACCUCAACCCCAACGUGCCGAACUUGUGCCUUUCGAUAUGUAUGCCCAUCCAUCUCAGUACGCUCCACUUGUGCCGGCUCCGACAGCCUAUGGAAUGGCGACCACAGUGUUCAGUGCUAGUAUGGCACAAUGUGGACAACCUUCCCCCAUGCCACAUAUGAUGGGGCCUGCAGAUGUUCCUCCCCCAUUUGCAUCGUCUUUUACCCAGCCUCCGAUGAUCCCAGGGCUACCGUACGGCCGAUCCAUCCCUCCUCCCUCUACGAUUUAUUUCCCCCAGCCUCAGAUGGUCCCGGGGUCAUCGUACGGCCACUACAUCCCUCCUUAUCAAUCUUAUGGUGGUUAUACCCCAGGCCCACAUGCUAUGGGUGUAGCGCCGUCAUACUAUCCCUCCGCACCCUCCACGGUGAAAUGCCUUGAUGGCCAACACCUCGACCACGGACCCCUACAGAAAGCACGAGUAGCGAAGCGCAAGGCGGUGGAUAGUGAUUACGCGGGACGAGAGACUCGUACGAAACGCCUACGUAUUGACUAUGAUAUACCUCCCGAGCUUCAACCGGUCUUAGUGGACGGCGAGAUCCGGUACAAAUGCCUCCUUUUGCAGUGUCAAGAUAAACGUGCAAUGAAAAGAGGCAGUGUACCGAGGCAUAUCGGUUCGAAUACGCACAAGGGCCAAGCCGGUCUGUUUCUAUGCUCAUACUGUAGCAAGGAUUUAAGUCGUUCGGACUCUUUGAAGCGCCAUUUCAAGUCUUGUCCCAAAACAAACACCUUCGCCUACGUCCCUCAAGAACCUGACGCUAUUGCACCUGCCACCUUCGUUCCACAGCCCCCCAUGCUCCAGGGGCCAUUCACAUUUCAGCCUGUUUGGGCCAGCCCUGCAUUGGCCUCGGUUACCCCGGCUUCGGACGAGUCCUUGGGAGAUUCUAUCAACAAUUUGGAGUUGGACGCAACUCCAGUGUGUCUUGAUGACACUAAUGAUUCACCUUCGGGCAAGUUGUUUGAAAUUGAUGUCGACGCUUUUAAUUGGGACUCAGGAUAUGAAACUGAUGAUUCGACUUCGGGCAAGUCAUUGGAAGACCUGUUGAAUGAUUUGGAUUGGACCAAGGUUCCAGGACACCUCCCUUAGACGAGAUGCACGAGUUUGCAUUGUCUCGUUUGAACUGCAUAGCCGCAGUAUUCAUCGUUCAUGGACUAUGUAUCACUUUGUUUGUCACUUAUAUU